GAGCGGCGGCAGCAGCGCUCAGACGGAGCUGAGGCGGCGGCGGCGGAGCCGGGACGGGCCGGGCUCAGGGUUUCUCCUUCCCAAACCUUGGGCAGAUGGAGGAGAAAGCUGAGGAAGAGGAGGAAGAUGCCGCGGGCGGCACCUGAGGAAGAUGCUGAGGCAGGUGAGGAUUUGGGGGGGAUGUCCUUGGCCUUCCCUCUGGGCUGGAGGCAAAUCCCCUGCCUGUCCUUCUUCCCUCCUGCCCCAGGCCCCGAGCUGAGGACGGAGAGCACGGAGGACAAAUCCCCCCGGCAGAGCCUGCUGGGAGAGGUUGUUCUGAAGGAGCAGGAGGAGGAGGAAAAUCCACGGAGAUCCCCCAGGAGAAGGAGCUGCAAAGCCAUCCCAGGGAGCUCUGAGGAGGAAAAACCCAUCCUGUGCCAGGAAAGCGGCCAGAGCUCCGAGCUGGAGCUCCAUGAGGAUCUUCACGCCAGGGAGAAGCCCUUCAGGUGCUUGGAAUGCGGGAAGAGCUUCAGCAGGAGCUCCACCCUCCUCACCCACCGGCACAUCCACUCGGGGGAGCGGCCCUACACGUGUGGGGAAUGUGGGAAGAGCUUCAGCCACAGGUCCAGCCUGAUCCAACACCGGAACAUCCACACCCGGGAGCUGCUCUACACGUGUGAGGAGUGCGGGAAGAGCUUCGGCCGGAGGUGCCACCUGCUCGGCCACCUGAGCAUCCACAGCGGGGAGCGGCCCCACAGGUGUGGGGAGUGCGGGAGGAGCUUCAGGAGCAGCUCCAACCUGCUCAGCCACCGGCUCAUCCACACCGGGGAGCGGCCCUACGAGUGCGGGGAGUGCGGGAAGAGCUUCAGCCAGAGCUCCACCCUCCGCACCCACCGGCGCGUCCACACCGGGGAGCGGCCCUACCGGUGUGGGGAGUGCGGGAAGAGCUUCGUCCACGCCUCCCACCUGGUCUUGCACCAGAAGAUCCACACUGGGGAGCGGCCCUACAGGUGUGGGGAGUGCGGGAAGGGGUUCCAGACCAGCUCCCACCUCCUCAGGCACGAGCAGACCCACACGGGGGAGAGGCCCUUCCGCUGCGCCCACUGCGGGAAGGGAUUCAACCUGAACUCCACCCUCGUCAGCCACCGGCGCAUCCACACCGGGGAGAGGCCCUACGAGUGUGGGGAGUGCGGGAAGAGCUUCUUCACCAGCUCUGCCUUGGCCAAACACCAGCGGAGCCACCGGUGAGGGGAGCGCCCUGACUGCUGCUGCUCCAACUCCCUCAGCCGUGGGAGGAUCCACCCUGGAUGAUCCACGGGGAGUGCCCCGACUGCCCCGAGUGCUGCUGCUCCAACUCCCUCAGCCAUGGGAGGAUCCACCCUGGAUGAUCCACGGGGAGUGCCCCGACUGCCCCGAGUGCUGCUGCUCCAACUCCCUCAGCCGUGGGAGGAUCCACCCUGGAUGAUCCACGGGGAGUGCCCCGACUGCCCCGACUGCUGCUGCUCCAACUCCCUCAACCAUGGGAGGACCCACCCUGGAUGAUCCACGGGGAGUGCCCCGACUGCUGCUGCUCCAACUCCCUCAGCCAUGGGAGGAUCCACCCUGGAUGAUCCACGGGGAGCCACGUCCCGUUAAAGACGUGGUGACUUCACAUUCAUAGAAUCAUACAAUCAUAGAAUAGAUUGGGUUGGAAAAGACCUCCAAGAUCAUCAAGUCCAAGCCCUGAUCCAACUCUAAUGACUCUAUCAUGGCACUAAGGGCCAUGCCCAAUCUCUUUUUAAAAACUUCCAGGGGUGGUGAAUCCACCACCUCUGGUGAUCCACAUCAGGAAGACACCUGGCUGGUGGUCUCCAUCCUCCUGGUUCCCUGUAGGCAUCGGGGUGAGUGCCAGGGGGAGGAACAUGAACCAGGACACGGACUAAGAUUGGGAAUUCAUUGGGAAGAGCAGAUUUGUUGACUUUAGACCUGUGGCAGGACAUUCCCCCCUGGAAUGGCCAAGCAAACAGUGCCCUAUUUGCAGAUGUCAUCAGUGCUGAGCUGAGAGGGGGCUCCUGCUGGAAUCCAGUCUGGCUUCAACCCCGAAUUAACACCCUGGUGGUGAGGAGGCAGCCCCUGAGUGCAGUGACAUCACUGGAAAGGUCCAGUCCCCGUUCCCAGGGGCGGGUUCUGCCAGCAGAACAUUCCUGGGGUGUUUGUUUGGAGAUUCCUGCCUUGCCUGGGGAGCCCCCUCAAGGUUGAGAGCAGAGACCUCCCCACCAGCGUCGGUCUGGGUGAGUUACAUCGAUCUCUUAAUUAAUAAUUAUUGCUUUUUUUUGCCAGUUUUAGUAGAAUUCUUUCAACAAUUUGGUGCAGUGCACCGUGCUAUCUCAUGCUGUACUGCUGGUAGUUUUAGUGUUUAUAUCAUGUGGUAAAUAAUCCUGAUUAAAAUCUUUUGUCUGAUCAUCUGUAA